GGAUUAUAGGACUCUGGAGUGAGGGUCGUGCCGUUCAGUUCCGUUCAGCUUUUGCUUCAUACCACGCGUUAAACUUGUCUAUAUACUUACAUAUACAAUAUUUAUAUUUAUAUCAUAUUAUGUGUCAUUAUUAUUGACUUUUUUUUAAAUUAACAAUUAAAUUAUCAUUUUUUUUUUAUAAAGUUAUUUUAGUAGUGUUUGUAUAUAAAGAAGGAAAAAAUUAAGUUCUAUUGUUAUCACAUGUUUACGUUUGUUUGACGUAAAUUUACUAGUUGCCGGCAAUAAACAGGAUAAUUAGUAUGAACAACUUUUGGAUAACUAAUAACCUUAGUCGGACAUCUAUCUGUGCAUUAAUUUGCACAUCCCUUGUAGUCAUUACUCAAAUUAAAGAAAGUAAUCAACUUAUAAUAAAUUCAAUCAAUGUACCGCCAUUAUUGAGAGAAGGUGAAGCAGACUAUGUUAUAUUAGACUGUGAUUAUGAUUUAGAAAAUAUAUCAAGUAAUGGAUUAGCUGUUAAAUGGUAUUUCAAUGAUGAUAAUGUCGAAUAUCAAUGGAUAUAUGGAAAUGAACCUCAAGCCGAUCCAAGUGCUAGUCAUAUAGAUCUUGGAUAUAAAGCCAGUGAUGAUCCUUAUACCAUGUAUCGGGCUAUGAAAUUAAAUAAUCCAACAAUUAAUUUAACUGGAAACUACAGAUGUGCAGUAUUUACUUAUCAAGAUGAACAGAUUGCCGAUGCAAAUAUGAUUGUUUACUCGACAGAAGAAAAAUUUGAUUUAAAGUCUAGGAAGAAAAUUAUUGAGGGUAAAGAAGGAGUGGAAUUUACAUGUUUCGCAGAGGGAUUGUAUCCACAGCCAACAAUGGAUAUUUAUAUCAAUGAUGUAAUUGUUAAUGAUACAAUAAAACCUGAUUUGACGAUGCGAAAUGACAGCAAAUAUGAUAUUAUGAUGCAAGUUGUUGCAAAAAACGAGGAUUUACCAGAUGAAGCACUCGUUAAAUGUAGUUUAUCAAUUCCUACAGCCAAUUAUACUAUUCCACGAGAAUUAAUAUACAUGUCUGGAACGCCAACCAGUACGCCUUCUGUUACAACCAAUCUACUAAGAAAAAUGGAGAUCCAGGCAAUAAACAGCUCUGAACCAGAUACUGACAAUGGUGGUGGUACUGCUUCAAAACCUUUGCUGAGUCUAACUCUCGUUUUUAUUACUUUAUUUACGAACAUCUGUUACCACUGAUACUCAUUUUUUUUAGAUUCAAUUAAAAGGAUUCAUAAAAAUGACAUCUCACCCUGGAUAAUUGUUCACCACUUGGAUGCUGAAAAAAUAAUAAACUAUUUUUUGAAUCGAUUGAACGAUUCAUUUCAAAUACGCUAAAUAUUUUUUAAAAUCAAAGUUAAAAACCAAAAAAAAAAAUCUAUAUUUAUUACCAAAUGUAAAAAAAAAAAAAAAGAGAAAACGAUAAAUUAGAAGCCUGUAAAAUCUUUAAAAAAGGAAUUUUACCAAAGAAAUAUUAGUUUAGGAUUUUAAUAACUAUUAAUUAUUCAUGAAUAACUUAUAGAAGAUUUAAUUAUCGAAUGUAAAUAUUAAUUAUACUUAGCAAUAACAUACAAACACACAUACACAUCUACAAUAAUUAAUCAAAUAUUAUAAUUGUCGUUAUAAUUUGCCAUACACGACAGUGUAUGAUUCAAUAAUAUGAUGAAACUUUAAAUUGAAUAAUAAUUAUUAUUAUUAAUAAAAAAAAAACUGAAAUGCGCUUGGAUUAUAUUGAGAGUCAUCAUUCAAUUAAAUCGAUUAAUGAAUCACGUACUCAUCAUUUAUAAUGACGUAUUUAAGCUCAGGCGAUUGCAGUAAAAAACUGUAAAACUUCAAUAUGAUCCUUUAAUAUUGUUUUCUUUUAAAAUUUUAAUACAAGCAACAAAUUUACACGGAAAAAUUUUUUAACUAAAACAAUAUCUAAGUAUUUACAAUAAUAGUUUUUGGAAAAUCAAUCAAACAUAUUAAAUCUCACAAUAAUUCAAAACGUGUAUUUUUAAAAUGUGAUUAAAAAAAAAUGAAAAAUCAACCUAGUCUUGUAUAACUUGUUAUGUACAAAUAAGUAUAAAAAUAUAGUGUAUAUAUAAUACAAAUCGAAAUCUGUAAUAAAACAAUUGUUUUUAUUUAUCCAAUAAGAUUCUUUAGAAUUAUCAUAAAAAAGAUUCAAGAUCAGUUAAAAGAAUUAUUAAAAUUAAUAUAUAUUUGAGUUUAUAAAUUGAUGAAAUUUAAAUACUGUUUACUUUUACAAUGCCACUUAUUUAUUAAACUUGUCUAGUAGCA